AUGGCAGCCGCGCUGCCGUCUACUGCGCUCAAGAUCGCUGUCGCGACGCCAUUCGCGACAUCGUUUCCCCCUUCGCAGCCCUCGCAAAGCGCUCGGCGAAGAAGCCUUUCCACGUGUCAAGUCUGCCGGGUGUCGCAGCGCCAUGGAUCCAUCGCAAACCCGAAAUCCCACCCAUUCCAGGGUUUAAGAACGAUUUCCAGUAGAACAGCGGGGACACGUGGAUCAUCCGCUAUUUCCGCUGGGAAUGGUGGAAGCAGAAACCCUGCCAGCGGAAAAGAUUCAUCUAAGAAAGCCGCGGCGGACGUGUACAUCGAGGACGAGGAGGCUUAUAGCGAGGAAGAGGAGGCCUAUAGCGAGGAUGAGGAGAUAGACGAGGAGCUGCUAGCCGCCAUGCUGGCGGAAGAAGAGCUCCUGGCGGCGGAGCUGGAGAAAGGCGGAAGCGGAAGCGGAGAGACAGGGGGAAAGCGCGCAUGGUCGGACGAGGAGUGGGACGAGGAGGAAUUAGACGAGCUUUUCGAUAAAUACGGGAAGACUCUUAAAGAGGAUACGAGCGGCAGCAGCAGCGCAGGGUACAAGCUUGUACGAGAAGAGGAUGAUACCGGGGAUGAAGAUGAGCUGAAUGACGGUAGCGAAGGUGGUAUUAACGGGGUUGUUGCCGUCAGCAGCGCAGUUGCUGCGUCACGAGCCGCGGAAGAAACAUCGUCCGCCGCGCCGCGUUUCCCGCCGGAUUCGGACGAGGCGAGCGAGGCGUUCGCGGUCGCUCUGGCUGUCGCCGCGAGUGACGCUAAGGGGGGUGAUAUUAUCGCGCUCGACGUGCGGCCGCUCGUGUACUGGACGCAGUACUUCGUUAUAGCGACGGCCUUCUCGCGCGCGCAGAUGGACGCUAUAGCGAAGCGCAUGCGCGACGUGGCGGAGUCGCCGCGGUUCGCGCGCGAGCAGAAGGGCGGGGAUAGGGGGAGCGGCGGGAGCGCCCGCGGGGGAAGCGCGUGGACGCUACUAGACUAUGGCGACGUGGUAGUGCAUCUGUUUACUCCUAAGGAGCGCGAUUAUUACCGCCUAGAGGAGUUCUACGCAAAUGCGGAGGAGGUUCCGCUGCCGGUUUGGGGGUUUAAGGGGGACGGACGGGGAGGAGAGGGGAAAAAGCGGGGAGGGGCAAGGGUGGUGCGCUUAGUGGCUAGUGGGGGAAAAGUGCCAUGCCCAUGCGAAGCAAGGGUGCAGGGAUUCGGGGCAAGAGCGGAGGAGGAGAGGCGGGGAGGAGGGGAAGAGGGGGGGAGGGGAGGAGCGGAAGAGGGGAUGAGUUGGUGA